AUGGAUUCCCCAAAAAUAGAGGAUGAAACAGCACAACAGCAACAACAACAAAAUACUAAAACAUGUUCAAAUAUAGAAAAAGUCUCGAAAAUACCGGAUUUGGUUUUGCCAAGAAUGAAGAAAAUGGAUGCAGAUGCAUCGCCAUUAUUGGGAAUUGAUGAGGUCUUCAAAAAAAGAUGGCAAGUUCAAGGUUUGAUUGGAAAAGGUGGAUAUGGUGAAAUAUAUCUAGCAAGUGAUACAAAACGCGGUGAAGAAGUUGCGAUUAAAGUUGAGCCGAAAAUUCGACGAGGAAAAUUGGCGAAACGGAUGAUUUUGGAGCAGAAAGCUUUGAUGAAAAUGCAAGGAAAACCGCAUGUUCCAAGAUUGUAUGCUUCGGGUUAUACUGAAAAUUUGAAUUUCAUCAGUGAGUUUUUUGAACCUAAAAAGUCUAAUAUAAAAAUAAAGAUAACUGUUUUUCAGUAAUGCAAUUAUUGAGUAUAAACAUUGGUGAAAUUCGAAAAUCAAGUCCAUGUCGAAAAUUAUCAAAAUCAACAACUGGUCGAAUUUUGCAUCAAACAAUUGAUGCACUUCAUGAUAUGCAUCAAUUUGGUUAUAUUCAUCGAGAUGUUAAACCAGCAAAUAUGUGUUUUGGAAUUGGCGAAACAAAUCGACACACUUUGAUUCUUCUUGAUUUUGGCCUAAUUCGUCGAUAUAAAAAAGAAAAUGGCGAAUUUCGAAGUUUGAGAUCAAAAGCUGGAUUUCGUGGAACUCAUCGAUAUGUUUCAGUUCGUGUUCAUUCAAAACUUGAACAAUCAUCAACUGAUGAUAUUAUUUCACUUUUAUAUACUGGAUAUGAAUUAAUGAUUGGUGAAUUACCAUGGAAAAGUUUGGAAAGAGGAGAUGAAAUCAAGAAAUUGAAACAAGCAAUGCAAAAUAAUGAAGAAAAAGUUGGAAAUAAUAAGAAUUAUUUUGAAAAUAGUCAAUUGAUUGGUUUUGCAAAACUUGUAUUUUCACUUGAUCCAACUAUUGAUCCACCAUAUUCGAAAUUACAAGAUGAAUUGAAAAUAUUGAUUGGAAAUAAGAAAAUGGAUGAUCCUUAUGAUUGGGAAGAUGAUUUUAAAGAAGCUAUUGAAGAGAAUGAUAUUAAUGAUAAUAGUUCGAAAUGA